AUGGACUCAAAUAAAAAUUUGGCAUUAAGAAUUACUUUUGGAUAAAUAAAACAUAAAUUAUUAGUUGAUGAUAAUGAAAAAUAGAUUAAUGAAUUAAAGAAUCAAAUAUGCAAAUAAUUAAGUGAAAAUGGAAUUGAUUUGGAGUAGAAUUAAAUAGAUCUUUAAGAUGAGGAUGGAUUCAUACUAAAUGAUAGUGAAAAAAUUUGUAAUUUACUAAAAACAAAUGAUAUUGUAUAGAUAGUCUAAAAGAUAGAAAUUUAAAAUUAAGAUUAACAUUAAUACUAACAAGAACAAUAAGUAAUUUAAGAACUAAAUUAAUAAGAGAAUCUUGAUCAAAAUAAUGAUCCUAUUGAGGCAAUUGUAGUAUUAUUUGAUACAUCAGGUUCAAUGGGUGCUACUUUUUUCUAGGAUGAUUAAUUAUCAAGAAUAGGAGCUGUAAAUGCAUUUUUCUCAGCAUUUGCUGAUAAAACAUUGACUUUUGAAUUUAAUCAUAUAGUAAAAUUAGUAUGUUUCGAAUCUUUUAUAGCAGAUAAAUGUGAAUUCACAAAUGAUUUCAAUAAAUUUAUUAAAUUAGUUGAUGAUGCAUCUCCAGGAACUGGAACUAAAUGUUAUGAUGCUAUAGGCUAUGCAAUUGAUUAAUUAAAAGAAAUAAAGAAAAAAUAUCCAAAUAUAAUAUUAAGAAUAAUUGCUCUAACAGAUGGAGAAGAUAAUGAAUCAAAGGAAAACCCAUAAAGUUUAAUUUCAAGAAUUUUUGAAAAUUAAAUUAUUAUAGAUUCAUUUGUUGUAAGUAAUGAUUGUUAAGGUUUAAAAACACUUACUCAUGCUAGUAGUGGUAGAUGUUAUUGUCCUCAAACUUUAGCUGAAGGUAUGUCUUUAUUUGAAAUUGAAAGUAUUUUAAGUGUAAAUCAUAGAGAAUAAAAAGAAUAUCCUAAAUAAAUAUUAGAUUUAAAUUAAUUAAAAAAUAAACCAUUUGAUACUGAAGGAAUGAAAGUUAUAUCUAUGGAUGUCUAAAAAAUUGCUGUAAUGAAAAAAGAAGAAAUUUUAAAUAAAAUAUCUUAAAUCUAGAAUGUUACUCAAAAUACAUCCUCUACUUCAUCGUCUUCUGCAAAAAAUUGUGCUGUUCGAAUAUUAAAAGAACUAGAGCAAAUUACUUCAUUUGGAGAUAAACUGAAUUUCAAAUGCUAUCCCACUGCAAAUGAUAUUAAAACAUGGAAAAUUUUACUUUAUGGCCCUAAAGGAACUGUUUAUGAAGAUGGAUUAUACAUUUUAAGCUACAUCUUCCCUCAAGACUAUCCCUUCAAAGCUCCUAAAGUGUAAUUUAUUACUAAAAUGUAUCAUCCUAAUGUCAGUAGAGGAGGAUCAAUUUGUUUAGAUAUUCUAAUUAAUUCUUGGACACCUUUAUAAACUACAACCAAAGUACUUGAAUCUAUUUUAACUAUGCUCUAAAAUCCUAAUACUGAUAAUGCUUUGGAUUGUAAUAUUGCAUCAAUUUAUCAACUUGAACCAGAAUUAUUUAAAGAAAAUGCUUUAAAAGAAAAAUUAGAAGUAGCUUCUCCAUCUGAAGAUAAUCUAUUGAAAAAUAUAUUAGGAGAUAUUGAAGAUAAUUCUCAAGAAUACAUAGACACUAAAAAAGAAUUAUUAUCUUGGUUGCAAUAUUAAAAAAAUAAAUGAAUAUUGUCUUAUCUAUA